CUUCUACGCUUAACCAACAUGCAUAUGAAAUAUCAUUAUUUAGAAUCAAGUGAAUGGUUCUCAAGAUAUUGAGAGGACAUCAUGUGGUCUGCCGACCGACAUACUGACCGACUGACAGGUGCAAAGCAAUGCGCCCCUCUUCUUUGAAGGGGCACAAUUAUCCGAAGCUUGAUUCAAGAUUUAAAGUCCAUGAAAAUGGCUGUCUGGAUUUUUAAAGGUCGCAUGAGAUAUUUUCGCAAUAUAGGCGCGGUCAACUUUUUAAAAAAUGGAAUAUCUCAUAAAUUAAUAUUAGGGAUGUUAAAAUGAGCAAAUUUCUGGUUUGAUUAUUUGAUAGUUUUAGUCGAAGAAUAAUCGAUUAUUCAAACGUUUCUAUCCAAUGGUACGGCGAUGUUGUACAAUGUACACACACACACACACAGGUGAUUCUCGAUGGUUCGAACUUCGAUCUCUCGAGGUGAAAUCAUGGUCCCGAUUUUUUCUCUCUAUAUGACAAGGCAAAUUUACUAUCGAUCUCUCGAACGUUCGAUCUCUCUAAGUUCUCCAUCUCUCGAAGUGAAGUUGGAUCCCAUAAAACACAUUUCAUUGUUUUUCACUCUCGAUCUCUCGAAGAGGUGAUAGCAUAUACCCACCGUUACCAAAGCAUGUAAUAAUUGCGGUUGGACCUUACCUGGAUAUUGUUGAAUGCCGGAGUCUAGUGUGGCCGUGGUAAUUAGGUGUUUACUUAGGUGAAACAUCGCCCAGUACUUCUUUGUGGAUGUGACACACUUGAGUAUAUAAUUGGCUAAUUGGUCGGUUACCCUUACACCCGGGUCUUGUGUUGGUUAAAAGUAUAUAUUAUCCGUCUAUGAAAAAAAUCUAAAAUUUGUUUUGACUUGACAACGAGAGAGUAAGUUUUAUACAUUAAUUUAGAGAUCUACAGACUGUUAAAUUUUUCGAGUUUAUUCUUUGUGUAAAGUUACUCUAAAACAUCGUUUUACUCAUUCGUUACAAUUUUUGCUAAAGUGUAAAGCGAUAAAUUGUGCUCUGGUUAGUUAGCGAUUGUAAAGUUUUACCGGAAUUUGAUUUUGUAUGCCUAUCUUAGCAUGAUUAAAGAACAAAUAAAGACAUAAAUUUUGAAAUCGUUUUAUUAAUGCAAAAUACAGGUCUUCAUUUUGAUAUUAAAUUAACUACCUGACAAAUAUGGAGGAAAAGAUGUCAAAACGAUUAUGAUCUUGUUGAUAAACAUUUCCGGUUAUUGUAAAAUCUGAACUAUAUCGGCGGACCUUCAAUUUCCGAAUUUCGAACUCUCAGUUUCUCGAAGUUUUAUCAAGGUCCCCUGAACUUCGAGUUAUCGAGAGUCACCUGUAUAUAAAAAAGAGAAAUAAGAUUUUUCAUACGUCUGUCCCAGCAUGACUUAGAUGUACACCUCCUACUAACAUGUUUCAGAACCAAACAAUGUCCCCUACUACCUUAAUUGUGAAUGAAUUAUUUCGAUAGACUAAGUGUCGUGGUCAGCGUGCAUAUUUAGAGAAAGUGUUUAUAUCCAUAAACGUUCGAGAGUAUAAACUGUGAAAAAAAUGUGCAUCAGAUGUUAAAGUGCUGCUGGAAGAUGAUGAAAACAUGUCAUUUUGGAUUCACAUUACCACCUUAUAUCAAUACAGAGGGUUUUUGUUAAGAAUGAUUGACUGAUGUCAUGGAAUGAGACUACAGGAAAUAUGAUACCUAUUGCGCUGUGAGCAACACAAUUAGACUUUAUCUAUAUUGAUAAUUGUGAAUAUAUAUAGUUGUCAUCAUAUUGUUUCUAAUGCCUAAAAUUCUAAGUGGAGAAAUAUUGAAGAAGAAAAAAUCCUGACACAUUUCUAAAUUCAAUGAUUACUGAUAGGGGAAUUUUUUAAACACAAAAGCAUCGUAAUGUUGAGCACAUUGUGUAACAACGGUUUUCUUUAUCAUAACAAUUUAAUAUUCAAUGAAAAACUCUAUACACACGACUGGGUAUAAUAUUCUUUUUAAACUUGACAUCUAAACUGGGACACGUAUCGUUGUAUGACCUUUAGAGCUUCAAUGUGUGUCACAAUUCAAUAUCAAGUCUCGUGAUGUAUUUUGUCUGUUUGAAAAGCCCAUUCACCAUGUUCGUUUCAGUAUAUUAUGUUUUAUUGUCAAUGGGCCUUUUGUUGACAUAAUAUUUUUUGCAAAUUUCGUCCAAAGAAAUUUCUGAACUGUUUACUUUAUAAAACAUUUUUUUAAUUUUAUGAUUGAUUGAUUGUAUAUUGUAUAUUUCACUCAUAUUCCGGUGAAGGGCUGCAAAAUUUGGGGCUAUGCAUAACUUUAUGCAAAAAGGAUACUAUAACGAGAACUGGGCAAACACGAAACCUUGGAAACGCCAAUGGUAGUUUCAGGUGUCUAGCUAGCUAGGAAGAGUCAGGAUAGUCUCUUGACCAUUAAUGAGCCUUCUGUCUUAAUCAUGUAAACGGAGUAAUUCGUAGUCUGAAUCGGCGGGUGGGACCGGUCGACAAGGGAUGCUUACUCCUCUCAGGCAUCUGAUCCCACCUCUGGCAUAUGCAGGGGUCCAUGUUUGCCCAUCUCUCUAUUUUGUAUCGCUUAUAAGAAUUAUGAGAUUGAUCAUUGAUCGUUAUCUUCACAUUUCAUUUAGUUAAUUGUUUUUCACCAAAGUUGAAUUGUUCGAGAGAGAUGUGAAAUAAAGCAGUGGUGUAAGUAGAUUAUGACCAAAUUGACAUAAUGUCUCUGCGCUUUGCAGCUUUAGUUGACACACAAAAACAUUAGAAAAGCUGUAGUGCAUAUGUAUCACUGUUCAGAUAGAUGAUAAAAAUCAGUGACAAAAAUGUUUAAAACAGCAUGCAUACAUAGUCUUUAAUGUACUAGAAUUACUUGUAGCUGCUACAGUUCCUAUCUAAUGUUUCCAAGGAGACAAAACAGAUUGCCAAUUUGGUUUCCGAAAAUUUUCGGACAAGCUUUGAUCAAAUUUAACUAAACUGAGGUAAAGUACAUUUGGUUAGUGGUAAUGAAAAGAGAUUUAAGUCAUAAACACAAUGUUUUUAUGGGAACAGGUUUCUAUAGCAAACAAACUGCAAACUUUAUUCUUGGUUGUUGUUGGGUUUUUUUUUGUUAAUCGGCAUGUUUUAGCCAGUCUAUCAAUACAUACAUGUACAUACAGUUGUAAUUUAGAAUCAAGCUACUGAAUUUCAUUUUUUGUACAAUGUACAUUAAAGUAUUAUCAAUAAUUUGUUUCUGUCCUAUCCUUUCAAUAAGAAAACAUUAUCUUCCCAUUUUCCUCUUUGUAAUAAUGAAAAUAAUUAGACAGCUAUAUGAAAAGUGAAGAUAACGAACAGUGAUCAAUCUGCAACCAAAUGUAAGCUUUAUAAUUCUAUUUAGCAAAAUAAAACAUCUUUAAAGUUUGUUUAUAUAUAUUUUGUACUUAAAGGGAUGGAUUAAAUCAUAUAUAACUUUCAACAUCUGGUGGUGCAUUAUUCUGCAAAUGAUGCCAUAGAAUUGCCUUAAAUUCAUUAUUUUAAAUUCAAAAUGCCAAAAAACAUUGAUUAUUCAACUUGAGAAGCAAUUGACAAUUCAAUCUUGAUUUACUAAUGUUUAUUAAGGAUUUGUUUAAACUUAACCUAAUCUUUCAGCAAGCAAUAAAAGCAUUUGUACACAAGAAAGAAUUAAUUUGUUUUCUUUAUAACAAAACAAAACAGGCCAAUAAAGAGUAUUUUAAAGCAUUUUUGGGUCAUUUUCAAGAUGUUCUUGUUACCAUGGCAACUGUACCUCAAUUAAGAAUGAUGAUGCCAAAUUCUAUGAGAGAGUAUUCAAUAAUCACUAUGUCAAAUGUCAGCAAAAUUGGGGGGCGGGGGUACCUCAAUACCCAUCCAUCACUAUCAAUAAAGAAAUUUUGAUGCUCAUAAAGAAUGUCUUAAAUUGUGUUUCGGUUAUAUAUAUUUCCAUUUACAUUGAGUUUGCCUUGAUAUCUUUAUGGAUUUUAUUGAUAGCCUUUUCCUCACAAAUACACUGCAGUUGUAAACAGAGCGUGCAUAGAGUACUGGGAAUUCCGACAGCAGUGAAAGUAAAAUUUAAAUAUGGAAAUAUCAAACAAAUUUCUAUAUGUGAUUUGGGUCCUGUCGCCAUAUAUAUCAACUAUAAUUUCAGACAAUAUCCUGGUACUUCCGGGACCGGGAUAUAGUCACGUGAGACCAGUGAAGGUAAUGGUGGAUAUCCUUAUUGAGGAAUACCAACACAAUGUAACGAUGUUACUCACAGAAAGUGUAGCCAAACACCCAGCUCUGAUGGAUAUACGGGCAGAAAUUGUCACAUACGAUAAAGAUGGGAAGGUCGGACAACAAAUACAUGAAAUGGUAGCGAGCGUUUAUAAAGCUGGUUUCAAAAAUAUGGAAAUUUUUUCUGUUCUGCCGUAUAUUCAAAGAACGGAAGCAGAAAUCACACAAUCACUCAUGACAGAUUCUAAACUUUUUAAGAAGCUGGGAGAACGGAAAUACCAGACUGUUGUGUUAGAUGGAAUGCUCUUGGUGCCUUUUCUUAUGCUUUCUCACAAUUUAUCCAUUCCAGAAAUCAUACACUUCUCAGCGUUUAUUUCCCCAAAAUUUCUUUACCGAGUCCCAUCAGAUUAUUCCGGAAUUCCGGAAUUUCCCAUGUUUCCACUUUCAGACACUACUUCAUUCUUGUCACGGUUAAAAAAUUUCGGAAUUCAUUUCGUAUGUAUUGCAGUAGGCUCUUUUCUUGAGUCAUUUCACUAUUCCAAGGACAUAGUUCAUAGGUAUGUUUCAACACUCAGGUUGGAUGAGUUUUACAAAUUGGCAAAUGGAUUUAGUUUGUACUUAUUGGACCAAGAUGAAAUUCUGGAUUAUCCACGUCCUGUACUUUCAAAUAUUGUCCCUGAAGGAGGCUUAGCACUGUCGAAUAUCGUACACUCUCUUCCAAUGGAAAUUGAACGGCAUGUUAAUACUGCCAAGGACGGUGUUGUUAUAGCAACCUUUGGGAGCAGUUUCGACAACUUUCCUGACGAAUUCAAUAUUAAGUUGUAUCAAGCUUUUAAAAAUAUUCCGGAAAUUCAUUUCAUUCUAAAAAUGCACAAAUCCCAUUUUCAGGAGAAAAAUAUUUUACAGACUCCCUGGCUGCCUCAAAAUGAUCUCCUUGGAAACAAAAAAGUUAAGGCAUUUAUCACUCAUUGUGGAAACAGUGGUCAAUAUGAAGCUUUAUAUCAUGGAGUACCUAUGGUUGCGAUUCCAAUAUUUGGAGAUCAAGUUUACAAUGCAGAUAGGAUUGUAAUGAAGUCCUUUGGUGUGAAGUUGGAUCUUGUUACGUUUACUUCCGGUGACUUGGAAAAAAGUAUCAGGGAAGUAGUGUACAACGAUACGUAUUCCAGAAAAAUAAAAUUAGCCUCCGAGAUGUACAGAUCAAAACCACAGAACGCUUCACAACGAGCUGCAUAUUGGGUACACCACGUGACCACUUACGGAAGUGUACAUCUGCGGUCUCCAUCCCACUCUUUGCCUGCUUAUAAAUAUCUGGCACUGGACGUAGUUCUUUUCGUAUGUGUCUGCUUCUUGUCGAUAUUAAGUGUAGUCGUGGUUGGUUUUUGUGUACUGCGUAUAUGCUGUAUUCGCGAGAAAUUGAAAAGAGACUAACCAGUUUACUACAUCUGUAAUCAACAUUUCCAUUGUUCGAUUUACAACGUAUGGUUCUCUAGACAAUCGUACUCAUCUAAUGUCUUCUCUAUAACCAACUGAAUGUUUCGAAAUAAAAGUUUAAAUGACAUGCUA